GUGGGAUAUAAAUAAAAUAAACAAAUAAUGUACUAAUAUACUAUGGAUAAUUGCAAAUAUAUUCCAAAAUCUUAGUUGAUUGUUCCUUGCAUAGAGGAUAUGUUUCAAUCCCAUUUCAGAUAAUCCUGUAAUCUUCAUGUUCAGAUUAAAAUUAUAUAAGCCUUGUUCUUAAAACUGGAAAAAAUUAUUAUUUGCUCCUUUCUGGGGAAAAAAGUCAGUCUUUUCUCUGAUGAAAAUGUUCUUUAAUCUGAUUACGGCUCUGUAGUCAAGAUGUUGCUUGAAAUGAUACUGGCUGCUGUUUUGGGGACCAUUAUCUACUUGUUCCUGACUAAGAAAAAAAAGGAAGAUCUACCUAUGGGAGAUGGAUGGUGGGCUGCAGGACAGAAGCCUGACUCUGAAGAUACAAUGAUACGUCCUUUUAAAGUGGUCACCUCAGAGGAAGAGAUCAAGGAUUUACAUCAAAGACUUGACAAAGCAAGAUUUGUAGAGCCAUUAGAGGACAGUUGUUUUCAUUAUGGGUUUAAUGCAAUUUACCUUAAGAAAAUUGUCUCUUAUUGGAGAAAUGAGUUCAACUGGGAGAAACAAGUGGAAAUUCUCAACCAAUUCCCACAAUUCAAAACAAAGAUUGAAGGAAUCAAUGUCCAUUUUCUUCAUAUAAAACCUCCGCACUUGUCUGAAGGGCAGUCUGCUAAGCCUUUAUUGAUGAUCCAUGGUUGGCCUGGCUCAGUGUAUGAACUGUACAAAAUUAUCCCUCUUUUGACUGACCCUACAAACCAUGGCCUGAAUGGUGACCAUGUUUUUGAAAUGAUUUGCCCUUCCAUCCCUGGCUUUGGCUUUUCAGAGGCUCCUCACAAACAAGGCUUUAAUAUUAUGUGUGCUGCUCGUGUCUUCUAUAAGUUAAUGCUCAAAUUGGGAUUUCAUAAAUUCUACAUUCAGGGAGGCGACUAUGGGUCUCUGAUAUGCACAAUUCUGGCUCAGAUUGCUCCGCGCCAUGUGAAAGGCAUUCACUUAAAUGUAGUAUUCCUGACCACUAUCAGCUUCAAGCAGAAACUCUCCAUUCUACUGGGACAAUAUUUCCCAAGACUAUUUGGCUUCCAGGCAGAAGAUAUUAAACAGAUCUUUCCUUUCAAAAAAACGAUCUCUAAACUUAUUCUGGAGACGGGCUAUAUGCACCUUCAAGCUACAAAGCCAGACACUGUAGGUUCCCUGUGGAAGUUCCCACAGGAAUUGCUGUAUUUCCCAAAGAAAUGAUGUACAUUCCUCGUUCAUGGGCUCAAAAGAAAUAUCUUAACAUCGUUUCAUUCAACUUCAUGCCUCAAGGAGGUCAUUUUGCAGCUUUUGAGGAACCAAAGCUCCUUGCAGCAGACAUCAUACAGUUUGUAGAUAAAGUAGAAAAAGCCGCCUUUGUCCAAUGAAGAAGAAGAAAGGUUUUGAUGGGGUGAUGGGAAUAGUUUUACCUUCAGUGCAGGAUUAUUGAGAUUAAAUAUGGGAAAAGGUGAUUUGGGUUAAACUACUACCAAUUGUUCUUAGAUACUUUGUAGCUCUGUUUUUUCUUAUGCAAGUUGAUGAAAAUCAGAUCGUCCAUUCAAGCUGAACCCAUGAUGAGCUAGUACAAUGCUAUGACUGAAUGACUGAACUGCUAAUGAAGACUUUUCCUUAUUUUUUUUGCAUCGUUAUUGUACAUCACCCAUCUAAAUGGGCUAGUUAAAUAGUAAGAGGACAAAUCCUUGCUAACAAUCUAGAAACAGACACAAAAGAGAAAGCAGAACAAGUGAAAGGAAAUCUCAUUUGUAUGAGCUCACUGAGUAGCUCUUCCGUAGUCACUCUUCCCUCUUUUUUUAAACUCUUGAAACAGAGGGAUGAUAACACUGGCCUACCUUACAAUACCUUAUUCAGAUAAUAUGGAUGCUACUCACUGGAUAUGCAAAAUGCAGCAUUCCAGGAGCACAUAUUUCAGGAUGAGCAGGGGUAUCAAGAGGGUGUCAAAAAAUAUCAAGGUGGCAGGCAUGACCAUACAGUCAAAAUCCCAUUGCUUUUUAAUGCAUGUGUGAUGCACGUUAAGGGUCGUCUUUGACUGUGCAGUCACACCUGCCAUUAUGACUUUUUUGAGCUCUCUUUGGAUGCCCCUGCUCUAAGCCACACUUAAUGGCCUGCCUGCACUGUGCUCUCAAAAGGUAGGCAGGGGCUGAGCAAAGUCGUUGAACUUAAAACUUUAUGUAGAUAAAUAAAAUACAGUUAAUAUAAUUA